GGAUCGAUAGACCGCUGAAUCUUUCUCCUCACACCCUCGUAAUUGUUAUAUUUCACAUCCUUUUUCUUUGACGCGCACGCUCUUUUUCCACGGCAUAUAGACAGUCUGGUGUCUUGCGAUCAUAGAGUCUUUUGGUCUGCUUCUGCUUCUCCUUUUUCUGCAGAAAAUCCCAUCCUUUACACCCCCUUUUUUCCCGAGUUGGUCGAGCAAAGUUCACGGGGAAAAUGGUGGCCGGUGAUGCGUCAAACAAAUCACCGCUCGUUUCGUUGAUUGCAGGAGGCACGGCGGGUGGAGUUGAAGCGACAAUCACAUAUCCAUUCGAAUUCGCAAAGACACGCGUGCAACUGCACGAACAGACGCCCACUCGAAAUCCAUUCGUCGUCAUCAAACAUGUCAUUGAGCAGGAAGGCCCGCGCUCGCUGUACAAGGGGUGCUCGACUCUCGUGGCCGGGACGGUGGCCAAGGACGCGAUCCGCUUCAUCUCUUUCGACACCAUCAAGGCGCAAUUCAAGGAUCCCGAAACCGGCACGCUGUCGCCCCUGAGGAACCUGAUGGCUGGGAUUACCGCCGGGGUUGUUGCUAGCACCUUUGCAGUGACGCCGACGGAGAGAAUCAAAACGGCGCUGAUCGACGAUGCGCGCUCGGAACGCAAGUUUCGCGGUCCCAUCCACGCAACGGCGACCCUCAUCAAGGAACACGGCGUCCUCAGAGCCCUGUACCGAGGUUAUGUCACCACCACGCUGAAACAGGCCAGCACCACGGCCGUGAGGCUGGGCACGUACAACAUCCUCAAGGACUUUGAGAGGCUGCGCAACAUCCCGCAGACCACUCUGACCACGUUUGCGAACGGUGCCGUCGCCGGUACCAUCGUUGUUUUCGUCACCCAGCCAUUCGAUACCCUGAAAACUCGCGCACAGUCCGUCCGAGGCGAGGGCGUGCUGGAGGCGUGGAACGGCGUGAUUGCCGACUACGGCUUCCGCGGACUCUGGAGGGGCAGCACGAUGCGGCUGGGUAGGACAGUGUUGGCCGGAGGCAUCCUCUUCACCACGUAUGAGUGGGUUGCAGCUUUGAUUCAGCCUGCGUUGGAAAAGACCCGGCUCGCGCCCACCGUCGCUAGGGAAUGAAUUCAGCUGUCGAUCUGAUCGCUCGGCAGAGCGCUUUUCUAUUCGUUCCACUCUGCAGUCAGGUUUGGUGGGGGCUCGAACCUGGCAAGGAUGAAGAGGCACAUGCCGGGUGUGUACUUGUCGAGCCCCUUUCGUCGCAAUUGUACUGCAGAGAAACGCGCCACUUCGGCUCCGACCGCUUCUCUCGCAGAUACGCGAAGCAAGUGGGAACAAUCAAGCAAACAGCGCACAAUCCUUGGACGAAGAAUGACAUCGAACGAGGCUGUGGAUGUCAUGGGAAAGCAAAGAACGAGAGACGAAAUUACCUAAUGUAACAGAAAGGCGACAUGCAGCAGAGGGCAAGUCCAACCUCCAGGCCAGGGCAAAUUUCACCGGACGCUGGCCGACCUAGGUCAACUCUGGCCUACUCUUAGGUCACUUCCACUUGACUCCCGGCCAGCAAAAGUGAGAGGAGACUCGAAGCAACAGUAAGAAGACAGACCUCAGCGACCCUAACUCUUCCACUGAUAGCUCUCUCGUCUCACUCUGCCUCUGCGGACUGGACUGAACCACGAUCACUUCCCUUGACAUAUGCACGUACCUCUGCAGAACGUCUUUGGCGUUGCAGAUUGUUCUCCCUUGACGUCCGAACCAUCCUGUGGCCGAAAGUGCAACGAUGGGCCUCUGCAGUGGAAGGUGCAUGUUCAAGAGUGAGGGAGCUGCUUACGAAAGGGAAGAGAGAAAGAGAGAAGUUCUUUGGGAUGUGUAGAGUGAUGCAAAACAAGCAUGGACAGAGGUUCACAAAGGAGGAAGGGCGAGAUGAAGGAUCUCGAUAGACGCUUGGCCUUGGGGGAUAAAUAGAGGGACCCGCUGGCGCCCGAGGCUGAAGAGAUUUGUACGACUAUGGCAGAUAGAUACAGGAUGAGCACUGGACAAAGGCUCACAGGGAAUGGAUGUAUAGGUAUUUACAGAAACAAAAAGACC